AGAGAAAAACUGUUAGCGAUUAUCCAAGAAUAAAAAUUAAAUUCAAAACUCUUGUAAACUGCCCACGAUGUCGAUUUAUAAAAGUUCUCGGAAAAAUACUAUCGUAGCUCUUCGCCAUGGAUGCUGGCGCCAGAAGGUCCUGUACUUCCUGCAACCGUUCUUACAGGACAUCGCGUUUCUGUGGUUCAAUAUUUGGACCCUGAGCGAGUGGUCCAACGGAUUUCCGGCAGCCCUCAAGCUGGUAACGUCGGUUUUCAUAAUUGGUUUAAUGCUUUUGCCCUUGUUCUAUUGGGCAAUGAUAUGCGUGGGAUAUUUCGGAUUUUGGCAGUAUCAGUUCGAGAGUCUAUAUCCAAAUAUAAUUCCCAAACAAUACCUCAUCAAGACCUGGUUUGAGGAUUUGUUCUUCGGCAUGCCAUGCACUGCUGAGAUUGCGGAACGUUGGGACCAGUCAAUUAAUCGAACUUUAGUAGUAUUUGUUUGGUUAAUUGAUUACGUUCACAUUCUUUGUGAGUUCAUAUGAAAUCUUA